UUAUGCUUCAGUAACCUUCAUUCUUAAAACAAUCUUAAUACCAAAACAAUAUAUAUACACUUCUCUUUCUCCAAAAACCAUAAUCUUCCACACUAGAAGGCUACUAGUUAUAUCAAAUGGCAACUUGUGUUGUUUCUUCAAAUGAGCCUGCAAUCAACGGCAUGGUUGGCAUGAUAGCUGACGUUGAGGUUCCAACCGAAGUUCCACACAAUGUAGCUGAGAUCGUACUAGUUCGACAUGGAGAGACCACAUGGAACAACGCAGGAAGAAUUCAAGGAAGCUUAGAAUCUGAGCUUAAUGAGGCUGGAUGGAAGCAAGCCGAUGCAAUCGCAGCCAGGUUAGGAAAAGAGUUGAAACCUGCGGCCAUUUACUCAUCUGACCUCAAGCGUGCUAAAAAUACUGCGGAAAUGAUAGCCAAGACCUGCCAUAUCCCCGAGGUAAUAGAAGUACCAGAGUUGAAAGAGAGGCAUGUAGGAAGCUUACAAGGUUAUUACUGGAGUGAGAUUCAAGAGAAAGAGCCCGAGGCUUACCUUGCUUUCUUCUCUUCUGCGAAGGACCUUGAAAUACCUGGCGGAGGAGAGAGCUUUAAUCAGCUAUGUGAGAGAUCAGUUUCUGCUCUUGAAGAAAUUGCAUCCAAACACAAAGGUGAACGAGUCAUCGUAGUGACACACGGCGGUGUUUUAAGAGCCAUUUACAUGGCCGUUACUGGUGAAGCCAGUGCAGGAAAAAUAUUGAACGCUUCAAUAAAUGUAGUCCAUCUAACUGAGAAGAGAUGGGUAUUUAAGACAUGGAGUGAUGUUAGUCACCUUAAUGAAGUCGGAUUUCUUCAACGCGGAUUCAAUGGAGAUGCCUUUCAACACUAAAUCUACCACCCAUUUAUGAGAAUCUACGCGAGUAAUUUAGAAGAUUAAACAGCAGGAGAAAUUAUGAAAAGAGAUGGUGAAGAUCAGAUCAGGAUCGAUCUUUUAUAUUGUCCUGAACAGCGGUGAUUAUUUUGAUAAACUAAGUGUAUGUAUGUUUAAAUAAUUCCAACCAUCAUUGUGUUCCAUGGAUUACCCAAAACUACAUACGAGCAUGUAUUUUUAUUUGUUUAUGAUUAAAGAUGUUUUUUUUCUCUUUGAAGCAUAAUUAAAAAUGUUGUUGUAUGUUUAUUUUAAUGAAACUGUUUCUAGUUACCAAA